AUGGAGGUGCUGCGCGCCAUCUCCGCUGAGCCACAGCUGGAGCCGUUCCGAGGCGAGUAUGAAAAACUGCACCGCCUGCUCCUCAGUAGCCACGAUGGAGAGCAGCGCCUCCUCCGGCAAGUGCGUGAGCUGCGCAAUGAGCUCGACACGCACCACCAGCAGAUUGCAACAGCGAUGCAACUUUCGCAGGAAGAUGAGGAGGCCAUCCGAAGUCUGCGGAGUGAAAUCGAGGCGGCGUGGGCGAAAGCUGAUGCCGCGCACGAGCAAGAGCAGCGCAGCCGCGAGAUUUUGCAUACACUGCGGCAGCAAGUCACGGAGCUCGACGCCACAGUCGAGAGGACAGCAGGGCUGUCGAUGGGCCAAGAGGCAUAUUUGCGGAAUCUGCUCGCUGUAAAGAAGGAUCGUGAGGAGGAGUCCGUCGUGCUGCACGCGGCGUUGAAUCGAACUGAGGCAGAGCACCGACAGGUGUGCGCGCAGCUCGCCGCAGUCGAGCAGGCACACAGAGCAGCCCAACACGAGCUAGAGGUGCAACGUCGCGCCUACCAGGAGUUGCUCACCAGCCUGGAGGUGGAGCAGCGGGAGCGGACAGCAAAGGAAGCGAGCGUGCGGCAAUACCGCGACACGACGGAGCUGUGCAUGCGCCGGCUGGAUGAGCGCGGCGUUGAGGUGGAGCGAGCCAUACGAGACGAAAAGAGAGCCUCCAAGGAGGCGGAGGGCAUGGCACAGGAAAUUCAGGCUAUUGCUCGCCAGCUGCAGGAGCGGCAGGAGCGCUUUGCCGUCGAGGCAGCCCGGCUGGCCGCUGCCGAGCGCGAGAACACGAUGCUUACACACGAACUGCCACAGCGGCAAGCUGCCCUGCGCGAGCAGCAAGACGAGCUGAAGCGCGAAGAGAAGAAGCUUCGUGGGCUGGAGAAGUCAGCGCGAGCGCAGCAGCAGGAGCUCUCCGCACUCGUCGAAAAGCGCGCGACGGCCGCCGCGGCAGUGCAAACGCGCGCGAACUCCGUCGAUACUGCCCUGACCCAACUCGCGAAGGAGGAGAAGGACUGCGGCGUGCUGGAAGGCGAAGUUGCCAAGGCGAUGCAACGCAAGACGAGCACAGUGCACACGAACACUCUCAAGGCCACGGCGAGUGCAAGGGUGGAGGGGCAGCGCGUCAUCGAGGCUGGCAAGGGUCGGCGCCUCGAGCAGCAGCUAGGGGUGCUGCGAACGGAGAACGAGCAGAUGCGUAAAUCUAUCUACUACGCCGAGCAGAACCACGAGAAGCACACGAAGGAGGCACAGCAGGCGCUGCUGAACUACCACCGGACCCUCGACACCAUUCGCGCUCGCCGCAGCGAGGCCAAGGUGGUGGAGGAGAAUAUCGUGCACCACCAGAAGAAGCUGAAGGCACAGCAGGAGCUGCUGAACACCUUGGCGGUGGAUCGCCAGAAGACGGAGAAGGCGCUGCGGGAAACAGAAACCGAGCUGCUGCUGCUGCGCAACCGACACACAGGCAAGAAUGAGGAGCUGGAGUCGGUGAAGACAGAGCUGAUCCAACAAGAGGCGGAUAUGUGCCAGCUGCACGGCCUCAGCCGCCAGCUGAACAAGGAUGUUGCCAACACGGAGCAACGCCUGCGGUUCCUGCGCGAAGAUCGUCAGCAUGCCGAGAACCGUGUCGAGGCACUGCGCAGCGAGUCACAACAGCUUCGCCAAGUGAUCUCACAGUACGAUCUGGAGGCGCGGCAGCAAGGCGCGCGGCUGACAGCUAUAAAGCACGAGCGCAACACCAUUGCGGCGCAGCUGCUGCUCCGCUCCGAGGAAAUCGAGCUGGUCCGUGAGAAGAUACGCCUCUCUGAUGCGGCGCGGGUGUCGGGAGCCUACAAGUAUCAGCGGGCACUGCAGACACUGGUGGCAUCGCGCGACUCGCUUGUUGAGCAGCGGCUGAGGUGCCGCCUCGCCCUGGUGCGGCUUCGCUACCUCGACCGCCUUCACACAAAGGAGUUGCAGCAGGAGAAGCUGUUGUCGAAGUCCCGCGCGCGGGUCCGGGCGCUGGCGGACGAGCUUGGCACCAAGCACAACGUACAUUGCUGGCGCAGCAUGGAAAGUAACGCGCCAGAGGUGCUGGACGCGCUCGCCAAAGUGCAGCUCCUGCAGGCAAAGCUGCUGCGCAGGCACGGUGAGUUGAAGGUGAAGACGGACCUAGUCGAGCAAGAGGAGCGUGCCUAUCAGCAGUUGCGGCAGCAACUCGCGAAGCUGCCGGGGCCAGAGGCCGCAGAAGAGCUGGCCCUCUGCGCUGAAAACCUGCAGCAGCGCAAGGCGCAGCUACUGUGCAUGACAGACUCGUUAGCAGAGGCGGAGCAGGAGGCCGAGGCCUUGGAAGUGCACGUCACGCAGCUUCAGGAGGAGCUUCAAGACCUGAAGCACCGCUACUACCAGGAGAAGACAAGGCACAGCGUACUGCAACAGGAAGAGAGGCUUGCAGCUCGAACCUGGGGUGCUGGUGUCGGAGCUGCCAGGCGAGCUGGCACUGCUGCCGUCUCCUCAGUAGGCAACAGCGGAGGGGCGGUAGUAGCGGCAGGCACAUUGACCCCGUCAACACAGCAGCGUCCGCACCUCCAUGCAGGCGGCUCCACCCUUCUCAACAACAGCCACUGCGGCUUGACAGCCGCAGUUCGCGGCCCUGCGGGAAGCGGCAGUGUAGACAACGCCUCUGUUCAGCAUCGCCUCGUCCGGCAGCGCGCGCUGCCGGACGAGGCGACGCUGAACACGCUGACUGCAGGGCCACCGCGGCCAAACUUCCCGCUCCAGAAGCCACCCCAUCAGCGGCAGUUUGUCGGCGGUGGCUUCUCACUCAGUCGAUGA